GUGUGUUUGUGUGUGUGUGUGUGUGUAUAUGCAUGCAUGUGUGCCUGCUGCCUCUCACACACAGUUUUGCUUUGGUCGGCCUGAGGAGACAGCAGAGCUUGACGUCUGGAGAGAGGAAAACACAGACAGGUAGCUUAGUUCGGGCAUGAAAGAAAAGAUGGAGCUCUCGGCGACGGGAGAUCGCGUUUUCGCCGCGGAAGCCAUACUGAAACGCCGCGUCCGUAAGGGAAGACUUGAAUACCUGGUAAAAUGGAAAGGAUGGGCAAUGAAGCACAGCACUUGGGAGCCAGAGGAGAAUAUUCUGGAUGACAGGCUGAUACUGGGCUUUGAGCGAAAGGAACGGGAAAGAGAAAUGCACGGGCCAAAGAAACGGGGACCAAAACCCAAAAACUUUGUCAUGAAGGCUCAUGCUCAGAAAGGAGGGACCAGCAGCCGAGCCUCAAACGCCCGCCAGACUACAUCGCGCUCCUCUUCGUCCACUUCCAGUCGGGCUACUCCUUCCUCCUCCGCCUCACCUCAUUUAGCAUCUUCGUCCUCCUCUUCCUCAAGUGUGGCACCCUCUCCCAAACUCAAUUCCCUCGCGGCCACGCACAAGCUGAAGAAAGACAUUCACCGCUGCCACCGGAUGUCCAGGCGCCCGCUGCCCCGCUCAGACCCCAUGGCGUCCUCCUUCUCCAACCCCGGGGGCUUCCCCUCCCGCCUGCACGUCUCGCCCUUCUCCGAGACCGUCCGCAUCCUCAACCGUAGAGUCAAACCGCGGGAGAUCAAGAGAGGUCGGAUCAUUCUCAACCUGAAAGUCAUUAACAAGCCAGGUAGGGGCGGCACCGCUGCAGGCGGCAGGAAUCUUACAGAAGGACGCCAGAACAUCCCUUCCCGCAAUCGCAUUAUCGGGAAGAAGGGAGACACACCCUAUAGACCUUUCCAGCCCCCUCUGAAGAUGCUGGGGUUCCCGAUGUACGGGAAGCCGUUUGGGCUGCAGUGUGGUGGCCCUUUGUCCUUCCACUCCCACCCUGGCUCCAGCACAGGGGCCAGGAACACCCAGCCGACUUCCUCCAAGCACCAGUCGCCUUCUUCUCCUUCCAGCUCCGCCUCAGCUGCUCAGUCUCAGCCUGCCACAGGAGGCUCACCUUCCAGCGAGGGCGCCAAGUCCAGUAAACCUCACGCAGAGUCCCAGAAGGGCCAGAGUGCCAGCCGAGCUGCAACCGCCCCGUCCUCUGACGCGAACCCCUUGGCGUCGGCGUCUUCUUUCCUCCCCUCCUCACCGUCCUCUUCCUUGGAAGACGUGGAGGAUGAGGACGAUGCCCCGGAACUUUCAGCGGCCCCAGAGGGAGGCAGGAAAAGCACUCGCCAACGCGGGGCCAAACGCCAGCCGCCCGCCGCCUCUGGCACCCCCGGUGACCAGAUCGCUGCCCCCACCGAACCCCAAAGGGUGCCCGCCGAAGGAGACCCCGACUGGCACCCCGAAAUGGCACCGAGCUGCAAGGAUGUGGUGGUCACUGACGUCACCACCAACCUCGUCACGGUCACCAUAAAAGAGUUCCCCUCCCCUGCCUCACCCUCCGCUAGCCCUGAAAGCGCCUCCUCCCCUCCGCCAAGCACCACCUCCGAUGACGUCUCUCCACCCAAGCCAUAAAAGAUCAGAUGUAAUGAAGUUGAUUGCCAUUGAUGGUGGAAGAAAAUAUCAUGCCAGUGUUGCCACUUCAGCCCCUUUCUACCUUUUCCUUAAAGGUGUGUCCAUAUUUGUGUAACUAUUAAUGAAAUGCAAUGUAAAUUAACACCGCCCAGCCAUUGAAUAGUUGAAAAAAAAGAGCUUUUUUUGUUUUAGCGGGCAGCUAAUACGCCCUUAAAUUGCCAUAUUUUGUCCUUUUGCACAGCACUGACUGAGGCAGACUUGGAUGGAAAUGUUAUUUGUUUUCUUUCACUUGCUUCAGACGUGCUGGGUUUAGCUUGUUUGGUGUAUUAACAAAUAGUCCGACACACUCAACCAUUUGGUGUAUAGCGGGAGCUUUUAUCAAGCACACUUGGUGUGUGUGUGUGUGUGUGUGUGUGUGUGUG